AUGCUGCUCCGACCCCGGCGGCCACCCCCGCCCGUGCCGCCCGCCUCGCUGGUGCAGGACAGCCCCGACGAACUCGAGGAGGCCGAGGACUCCCCCGGGACCCCGCCCAGACGGCCCGCCUCGCCCGGCACGCCGGAGGCGCACGAGCUCCCCGGGUCGCCGGUGUCCCCGGGCUCGGCGCAGCGCACGCCCUGGAGCGCCCACGAGACGGAGCUGCUGCUGGGCACGCUGCUGCAGCCGGCCGUGUGGCGCGCGCUGCUGCUGGACCGCCGCCGGGCGCUGCCCACCUACCGGCGCGUGUCGGCCGAGCUGGCCCGCCAGCAGGUGCGGCGCACGCCCGCGCAAUGCCGCCGCCGCUACAAGUUCCUCAAGGACAAGCUCCGUGAGGCGCACGACCAGCCGCCCGGACCCUUCGACGCGCAGAUCCGCGAGCUCAUGGGGCUGCUUGGCGACACCGGGAGCAAGCGAGGCCGCCGCCGCUCCCCCGGGCCCGGGCGCCCCCCGCGCGGCCGCCGCCCGGUCCCCAGUACGCCCGCCGGUCCGCCCGCCGAGCGGGACGCUCCGUCGAUGCCCGCGGCCCGCGACUCCGACGUGGACGCCUCCUGGUCGCUCAGAUUCAGCUCGUCCCCAUCCAAGCCUUCCGAGGCUCCCCGCGACCCGGGCUCGCCGACGGCGCUCCCCUCCUUAACCCCUGCGCCGGGCCGCUCCGAGAACCACGCGCCCCCCCACGCCCCCAGCUCCCCGCCACCCCUGGACCCCGCCUGGGAACAGCCCGACUCGCCGCCCAGCCGCCAGGAGACCCACGGGCCCCCGCAGGCCGCACCCCCAUCGCUGAACGCCGCCCUCAUGCAGACCCUCGGGCACCUGGGCGACAUCGUGGCCGUCCUGGGCCCCCUGCGCGACCAGCUGCUGACCCUGAACCAGCACGUGGAGCAGCUGCGCGGCUCCUUCGACCAGACCGUGUCCCUGGCGGUGGGCUUCAUCCUAGGCAGCGCCGCCGCCGAGCGGGGUGUCCUGGGGGACCCGCGCCCCUGA